UGACGACAUCAAUAUGGAGUACAAUGAGAUUCAUCAGCGAAACCAAAUUGAACUAGAAAAGCUGCUAAAAGCUGCCGAGCCAAAACAACCGAAGUUGACUAAGAAGAAAAAAGAUGUGGGUAGACCACCCAAACACAAACAAUUUCCAACUAUUGUGGAGGAAACCAGACUCUUCCUUCAAACAAAUGGAUUUGCAGCACAGGAAAGAAGAAGGACAGAGACUGCAAUGAGCACAGGUGUCACAAUGGGUGAUAUUACCAACCACCUUAAAAAAACGGUACCAGGAUUGAACGAGUCAGAACACGCUGUUCGUUGUCUAUCGAUGGAGAAAGGUGGUGGUUCAAGAAAGAAUUUAUUUUAUCUCUGAAAAUUCAGCACUUGGAUAAUUUUAACAUACAUCAAAUUCAAGAAACGUAAAUUACAUGGCUAGACUAUAUUAUAACGUUAAAUAAAAUAGGCAUAGGUUAGGCUUUAUAUAUAACACUAAUAAGACCUCUAUCCUAGGCAUAGCACUAGGCUCGCUAGGCGAUACAGGCCUUAGGCCUAGUUAGGAAGCUAGACCGAACGAACUUUACGGCCCCAGCUAAGAGGCUAACUAAACUAAGAAUAGGCUAAACAUCAAUUGAAUUGACUGAGGAUUACAAAAACAAUGCCCACGUUCGACGUUAAUAGCACAGUAGGGCCUAUAGUUUCUAAGUUCUUUGAAACGAAACAACCAACAAUACAACUUCCAGUACCAUGACAUGGAUGAAUGCACUGCUAGUGUAUCGCGAGUGCUGUGGUAGCCGAAUGAUCAUGCAUAUUCAAUAAUUAUUUCAUUAGCUCGUGAACGGUGAUUAUUAGGCCACGUCCAUUUGCCGCGUUAGGUCAAAUAAUAAAAUUUUAACAUUAACAAUUAAUGUAAUUAUUUUAAAAACAAGAAUUAUAUAAAUGUAUUUCAUAUUAAUAUAUAU